AUGUCCGGUGACGAAUUUCAACAGAUACCCAUUGUGGUUGGGUCUAAACCAGCGUACUCUCGUAUGGGGGGGACUUCCUUGGCCAACGCAGACUGUAGUCAGUUACGCAUGAUUGGGGAUAACUAUCAGAUUACGAGAACUAGUGAUACUCGCUCGGCGGAAACGUCAUAUAGCGAUCUGGCCCGGCACUCGAGCUGUGAAUCUCGAGUGGUAGCUUUACAUCUUUACGGUGCGCUUUUGCGGGGUACCGGGGCACCAAACUCUCAUUGUUCUACUGAAAUGAUGACUUGGCCACAUACAAUUCAUCGAACUUUGAGGCCUCCCCGAGGCAAUCGUCGGCUUGGUUUUGAGGUCGACGACUCUGCAGUGGCUACCGUGGCUCCCAAUGGAAUUACUGUCGGUGUCGUCACUGCACAUGCUUCUAUGGUAAAUGUAGAGGCUGCGGCCGAGAAGAGUGUUUUCAAGUCGAAGGUUCACAAAUGGCGACGCGUCGCUGUAAAUCUUUUGACUGGACCAACCACUUUGCCAAAAGCCAUCUUCAUAAUUCACAUCCUUAUUGGUAUCUUUGCCUACUCUCUAUGCACCCGCGCAGCAAUGAUUUUCGAUUAUUACACUGAGCAAGGCGAUAUGGCUAUAGCUGGAGCUAUUUGGGCUGGGAUGUUUAUGUUGUUUAUGUUGACGAUGCGGUAUCUAGUAAAGUAG